AUGGUCCAGUUCGCCCAAGUCGUGGCUUUUGCUGCCACUCUCAUCGCUUCAACCACCUUUGUCCUCGCUGACGAUAUCGACGAGACCUGGAAGACCCCUCCUUUUGUCAGCUGCGUCGACGGUCUUGGAUCGAGUCCUUCUCGUGAAGCCGUUUACAAGUGCUACAGCAGACACAAAUCGGAUAAGCGUGCUAUCCCCGACGACGACAGCACCACAACACACUACUUGGAAUUCUUCGACGCCCGCGCCACCGAAACCGACCUGCAUGCCGAGUGCGACUCGGAGGACUCGCUGCCGAAGAACUUCGAGAUCGUGACCGGAAUCCGUUCCAACGCGCCCCAGUACUGCGAGGACCUGAAGCAGGGCGUGCUCGACGCCGGCAUCGCCCUCGUCGACAAGAGGCUCGACAACGCCGUCUCCAAGACGCUGAAGCACCUCGAGGGCGGCAAGGGCGUCCUCCUCAAGAUGGCUUUCGGCCUCACUCCGCAGGGCCAGGCCCUCAUGGCCGGCAAGAAGAUCACCGAGGAAAUGUAUUCGGAGCUCUGCACCAAGGCCAUCACCGCCCUGGCUACCAAGGACGACGGCUGCACCAAGGACCUGCACGCUUACAACGAGAAGAAGGACAAGAAAUACCAGGUCACCGGCGCGAGGAGUGGCGGUAUGGACAUCUCGCUCGGUGACACCCUCAUCGGCUUCGUGACCAACAUGUACACCAAGCCGUAA